AUGCGUAUCCAGAAUGAAGGUGCCGGUAAAUCGUCAUGGUGGGUGAUUAACCCGGAUGCCAAACCCGGACGAAAUCCGCGACGCGUACGUGCUUCGACACUUGACACCACCAGCAAGAAUUCAAUUCGGCACAAUCUCUCGUUGCAUUCGCGUUUUAUGCGUAUCCAGAAUGAAGGUGCCGGUAAAUCGUCAUGGUGGGUGAUUAACCCGGAUGCCAAACCCGGACGAAAUCCGCGACGCGUACGUGCUUCGACACUUGACACCACCAGCAAGCGCCUGGGAAAAAGCGAUCGGCGAUGUUUUUCAUCGUCGACAAUGAAGUUGAAUUUGCAUGCGAAAUGGGUAGCGUGGCGUGAACGUCGUGCCUGUGCCAUCAGGCAUAACUUUACUGCCGUGACGCCACCGAAGGCGUUGUGUCAGGCAGCCGCGGCACGGGAACCCGUACAACGCAGUAAAGCUCGAGAGUGGCAACUGUCACAUGACGAGUAA